AUGUCGACGGAACCUGAAAGGUCUACAUCUUUGGCUGAAGCCUAUGAGGCUCUUCAGAUUGUGGAUGGCGAUGAAAGAGUGGUGGUGGAGGUUGAGGAGACAGUCAUACCCACGGAGGAUUACCAGUUUGCGGCGGUUGGAAGGGUGGUUACCGAUAGGCCGAUAAAAUUUGUGGUUUUCCGAGACGUUCAAAAUUUGCCUCCGGGGUUUAUGUCGGAGAAGGUUGCAAGGGUUAUUGGGAACCAUGUGGGUGCUUAUGAGGCGGCGGAUGACAGAAAUUUCGAUGGCGAGCUAGCUUGUGAGCCGGUGAUGGAGGGAAAGGAGAAGGCUUUUGGAUCGUGGCUGAGGGCGGGGGGACGGCGUCAGGUUGCAACUCCGGCGAACCGUUGGCUGGUGUUGGAUCCUAAACCGGUGCAGGCGGGAGAAGCGGAGGUUACAACCGUUACGGAUGGGAAUACCGGCACUUUAAAGCGUAAUGAUAUCCAAUUAAUGCGUCAUUUAGAGCCACUUAUUCCUCUUUCUACAGUGAUUAAUCCUGGAGUUAUUACUACAAAUACUGGGAUCAUAAAUGAGGAAGGGGAGGGUGAGGGAGUGGUUAUUAUGGAUCAGAAACGUCGUAGGGUGGUAAAUGAGAGUAAUGAGCGUAGGGGUGAUAGUGGAUGGAGUAGUCCAAUGUCGGUGGAAGGUCAGAACGUGGUUCAUGUCUUGUUGGGCUUUGUCUAUCAUAAGAAGCCUGACAUUAUUUUUCUUUCUGAGACUUUGUGUGGUUCUAGUAAUAUGGAGAGGAUUCCAGCUAAACUGGGUUAUGCAAAUUGUUUUGUUGUUGAGGCGGAGGAUAGGAGCGGAGGGCUUGCUUUAUUAUGGAAUGGGGGAUUAGAUGUGGAGGUGGUGGGCUAUUCAAAUCAUUAUAUUGACACUCAGGUGGUCAGCGGAGUUUCAAUGCCCCGGUGGCGUUUUACGAGAUUUUAUGGGUACCCGGAGCGUCAUCUUUACUUGGGAAAGGAACGAGGGUCACCGAGUUGGGUGCAAGAAAAGUUGGAUAGAAUUUUGGUGUCUGGUGAGUGGAGGGAUGUUUUUCCUAAUGCAAAAGCAUGGUCUUUAGAGGGUAGUAGUAGUGAUCAUAUGCCACUUUUGCUUUGCGUAAAUUCGAUAGGGCGAAGGUGGUAUCCUCGUAGACCUAGGUUUGAGAACUCUUGGGGAAAUGAUCCGAGAUGCAGGGAAGUUGUGGGUGCGGCUUGGGCGUGGGUUGACGGGGCUGAUAUUGGGGAAAAGUUGUUAAAAUGUGGGAAAGAAGUGUGGCAGUGGGGGAGGAAGCAGGUGCAAGGAGAGGUGAGGGCGUUAAAGCAUUGUAAGGAGCGUAUGGCAUCUUUACAAAAUGAGAGGGGUGAGCGAGGUGUUCGGGAGUUCGGAGAGGUCCAAAGAGAGUAUCUUUCUCUUGUACAGAAUCAGAGUGAUCGGUGGCGGCAACGUGCAAAAGAGUUAUGGUAUUCGGGUGGGGAUUCGAAUAGUCAUUUUUUCCAUAAUUCGGUGAAUGGUAGAUGGCGCCGGAAUGCUAUAAGGGGCGUGAGGGAUGAGACAGGAGUGUUGGUCACAGAAGUGGAACGUAUGGGGGGGAUUUUUGUGAACUACUUUGCUGAUUUGUUCACGGCUAAGGGAGGGGAGUGUAAGGGGGUGCUGGAAGGAUUGGAGAGAAGAGUGACGGCGGAUCAAAAUAAUAGUCUAUUACGUGAGGUGACGCAUGAUGAGGUGAAGGGUGCCAUUUUUGCCAUGCAUCCUGAUAAGUCACCAGGUCCAGAUGGUCUGUCUCCGGCUUUCUAUCAGUUGCACUGGGACAUUUUGGGCGAUGAGGUAGUGUUUUUUUGUCACUCUUUUCUUGUUUCUGGUCAGUUACCUGCUUCUUUGAGUGAAACUCAUAUUGCUUUAAUUCCUAAAGUCAAUAACCCUGAGUUAGUGUCUGAUUUCCGCUCAAUAUCUUUAUGUAAUGUGUUGUACCGUAUUCUUGCAAAAGUGUUGGCAAAUAGGUUUCGAACUGUCUUAGAUUCUAUUAUUUCCCCAUCCCAAAGUGCUUUCAUUCCUGGUCGGUCUAUUGUUGAUAAUGUGUUAAUUGCAUAUGAGGCAAAUCAUGCGUUAAAUAGGAGUCAGGGGAGUGGGAGUGGGUGUGCGGCUCUGAAAGUGGAUAUGAGUAAAGCAUAUGAUAGGGUGGAAUGGGGUUUUCUAGAAAAUGUUUUAAAUAAACUGGGUUUUGAAGAGAGAUGGAUUUAUUUGAUGCGUAUGGGUGUUUCGAGUGUUCGGUAUUGGGUCUUGAUGGAAGGGAAGGAAUGGGGACCAAUUUUACCGACUACGGGCUUGAGGCAGGGGGACCCGUUAUCACCUUGUUUAUUUAUUAUUGUAGCUGAGUGUUUAAGUGAAAUGAUGAGGGUGCAGGAGGUGGAGGGGGCACUUCAUGGGGUUCGGGGUAUUUUAGAGGAUUAUGGGGAUGCUAGUGUGAAGCAGGUAAAUUUGGGGAAAACCUCUAUUAUUUUUGGGAAGAGUGUGCAUCGGGAGGAUAAGGAGGCUGUUUGUGAGGUCCUUGGGAUAAGCGAACAUCAGGGUCGGGGGAAAUACUUAGGGCUGCCGGGUUUGGUAGGGCGUAAAAAGAGAGAGGUUUUAGGAUUCAUUCGGGAUAAGGUGAGGGCUAGGAUUCUGUAUUGGGGGAACCGUUUUUUGUCAAGAGCGGGUCGUGAGGUCUUUUUGAAAACUGUUCUUCAAUCUAUACCGAACUAUGCUAUGAAUGUUUUCCUUUUGCCAAAGGGGUUAUGCACUGAUAUUGAGAGACUCAUGAAUUCAUUUUGGCGGGGGUGUGAAAACAGGGGAGGGAAGGGUAUUAGAUGGGGUAUUUGGAAGGAUUUAUGUAAGCCUAAGUCGGUUGGUGGUAUGGGUUUCCGGGCGGUUCGAGAGAUGAAUGUGGCUAUGUUAGGAAAGCAAGGGUGGAAGUUUCUGUUUAAUCCAAAUGCUUUGGUCACAAGGGUUUUUAAAGCCCGUUAUUUCCCUCAUUGUUCUUUCUUAGAGGCGAAGGCAGGCUCAAAUCCCUCGUUUGUGUGGUCUAGUAUUCGGGAGUCGCAAAACUUACUUCCUGAGGGGGUUCGGUGGAGGAUUGGGAGUGGGAGCGAGGUAAAGGUGUGGGGAGAUCCGUGGCUUCCUGAUAUAGAAAAUCCUUAUGUUAUUACUCUUGAGCCGGAAUAUCUGAAUAGUCCCAGGGUGAACUCUCUAUUCUGCCCAGGCACUACUUGUUGGGACCGGGAUCUUAUUUAUGGUAUUUUUAAUUCAAGAGAUGCCCAGCAAAUCCUUAGUGUUCCUACUGUUACUUUUCCAUAUUUUGAUUGUUUUUAUUGGGUGGGGGAGUCUCAUAGGUUUUAUUCGGUUAAAAGUGGGUAUAGGCUGCUUACUAGAUGUCCAGUUGAGGAGGGGGUUUUGGAUUGGACUCGUGUUUGGAAAUUGGAUAUUCCUCCUAAGAUAAAAAAAAUUUUCUGGGCUAUGUGUACUAAGAGGUUGCCUACUAAGGAUGCUUUACUUGUUAAGCAGGUAACAUGUGAUCCCACUUGUGUUCUAUGUGGUGGGGAUUCGGAAACCACAGUUCACCUGUUCGCUAACUGCCCGUUCGCGAAAGCUUGUUGGCAGGAGGUGGAUCAGGGGUGGAGAAUGGGUUUGAUGGGGUCUAUUGAGGAGUGGAUUGAGGAAAUGUGUAUGCUGCUCACGCAUGAAAUAUUUGAGGUAGUUGUUUUGGUGUGUUGCGCUUUAUGGGAAAAUAGAAAUGAUUUAGUGUGGCAUGCAAAAUCUGUGGAUGCAAAAACUUUGGUUGCACGAACAAAUCUAUAUGUUCAGAAUUGGCGACAAACUAGGCAAUCCAUGAUGGGGUCUCAUAAUGGUCUUCCAGGUUCUCAAUUAUCUGGUACUUGGCAUCCUCCACCGGCUUUUUAUAUGAAAGUAAAUGUUGAUGUGGCCAUGGACGUGUUGCAUGAGAGGAUGGGUUUAGGAUGGGUAGUUCGUGAUGCGGCGUCUUUGGUGGUAGGGGUUGGGUUAAAGUUGGUGGAGGGUUUAUACUCGGUGCGUGAAGCGGAAGCUAUGGGAGCUAGGGAGGCGUUGAGUUGGAUAAAGGAGAGAGGUUGGAGUAAAAUUUUUGUGGAGACGGACGCCCAAGUUGUGACGCAUGCGGUAUAUGGAGGUUCAAACCUCACCCCGUUUGGUGUGAUUGUUGACGAAAUUCGUGUCUUGCUUGGGAGUCUUGAUAGAGUUACGAUUGGUUUUCCCAAGCGAAGUGCAAAUGAGACUGCCCAUGUUCUUGCCCAUCGUGCUUUAUGUAAUUCGGGCUUAGCUCUUGUGGAACUUUUUGAUUUUAUUCCUCGUUGUAUUUCGCAUACUCUUGGUUUAAAUUAA